UGAGAAUUGGGAUGAUGAAGAUGCUAAUAUGGGAAAUUUAGAGUAUGAAAUUAAAAAGUAGAUUAUGAAGAAAUGUGCGGUUAAGAAAAAUAUUUAUAAAUUCUAUCAAAAAUAACUUUGUUUGUUAACCGAAAGAAUUUGUGCUCAUGUAAAGUGAACAUCACACGCAAAAAUGUAGGUUUUCCUUUUGGCUAUUCUGUUUGCCUGUCAAACACUUGUUUCUUCGUAUAGUUACUAAAUACUUUGAGUUUAUUUUAAGAAUUAUGAACACACUCAAAUCUAUUUAAUUGACUUUGUGAUUAAAAAACCUAACAAGCGAGGAAAUCCUUGAUAACGCAUCUAACUUUACAUUUUAAAUAGAAUCUGCACAGAUUAUAUUAAUGUAAUUUUUUUGUAAUUUGAAUCAAUAAUCCACAGUACAUGUCAUACGUAAUUGCCCAACCCUGACUGUGCUCUAUGACAAAUUAAGAAACUUUAAAGUAUUCAGCCCAGCACUUUUGGAGCGUUUAUGAUAUUCAUUAGAAUUUAAUCUCAUUAAUAAAAGUGUAAUUGUGUCAGUUGUUGCCCUUGGUUACAGUUGGUUACAAGUGCUUUUUUUGCACAUGAAGUCCAAACUCCAGUGAGUUUAACCGUACAAUAAACUUUACAAACAGCUCAAUCACAGUUUUGGUUCAACCCCCACAAACAUUAUCUCAGCAUAAAAUGUGAGCACAUAUUUGGCAUCUAUAUAAUAAAAAAGAAACUGGUUUGCUAUGCACAUUUUGUGUCUUAACACUCAUACUAAAUGUAAGAAGUAAAUCAUAUGCCAGACCACAUCAGAAAAACAGUGUGGGUGACAACCUUGCUAAAUUUCCUCUGUACUGGCUGUUGGACCACUUCCGAUGUCUCAGGCUCAUUUAAGCUGUUAAGAUCAAUCUAAAACCUUUUGCUGAGAGGAUGAGUUUGUGAUCUGUGUUUUUUAUGAGCAGUAAUGGUAAAGCCAGGAUGCUUCAUGUUGGGUUUUAUUUCUGCGGGGACAGGAAUUUCUCCAAUAUGAAACAGAAAGGCUUCAUUUUCACUUUUUUACUUGUUUGGAACUUCUCUAUUUUCUCAGGAAACAUGACUGUUAAUAUAAAUCAGCAACGUGAUAUUUUGCCAGUCGCAACACAACUUAAUUUUUCGCUGGGAUGUCGAGCUGUGAUACCGUAUCAGGAUUGCAGCCAUCAUUUAGACUCUUUCAAAUGGCUUUACAAGAAGGACCAAAGUAGUACGCAGGUUCAGUUGUUCUUCCAAGAUAAGAAUGGAGUGCAAUAUCAUCAAAUGUCCAAUCCCAAAUUGAAAAUUGGAUCCAACCGUUCCUUGGUCAUCAGUUCUUUUACUGAGGAUGAUGAAGGUGUGUACUGGUGUGAAACUUGCCAAGAAACAUGCCAAAAGUCCACUGACAUCAUAGUGAAGAAAGAGACAUGGAAAGAAGUCAAUAAGACAGUUUACACUGUUGCCGGCAGCAGUUUUCAGCACACAUGUUCAAGUAAACUUGAUAAAAUGAAAUGGAGUUUUGAAGCAACGACUGCUCUCGGGAAAUCAGAACUAAGAGCAACAACAGAGAAUUUGACUUUCAACAAGUCUAUAUAUAUUGGAAAUGUCAGAAAAGAAAAUGCUGGGAAAUACACCUGCUGGAUGAGUAACUGUGUCGGACACAGUAUUAAGCUAGUCACUAUCAAUUUGUGUGUAGUUACAGCAUUUCCUGUUCAAAAUUGUUGCUGUGGCUUGAAUAGCAGGGUGGAAGAGGAGUCUUCAGUGGUUUAUUCAUCAAUUAUCAUCAGGACACCUGGCAAAAGAAUUAAUCACAUGACCUCUAGUGAUUGUGUUUAUUGUGAAAUAAAAGUAUAGAGAAAAAAAAGUCCAGGAUAAAUGAGGUCACUUUUAUUUAUAUAGAACAUUUUAAAACAAUAUGGAUUGGUCCAAAGUGCUUUUCAGUUGACUGUUAAAAUAGGUAAGGUCAUUAAAGGGCACUGUUUAGAAUUAUACUUUCCAUCCUUGCUGUCAUUUGAUUUAGUAACUAAUUCCUCAAAUUACUUAAAUUGUAACUUCACCCACAUGUUGCUCAAGGGAAAAUCUGAAACCAUGAGUCUCUUUUUCCAACAAA